AUGGUAUCAUGCACACAUGGAUUACGAGUUCUCAUUUUGACAAUCUAUGGCGCAUUAGCAGUCAUCCUGUUAUGGUUUUAUUCAAAUUCAAACAUAGCAGAAUUAUCAAAUAGAUUCAUACAAGUAAUUAGUGUAAAGAAUGAUUUCGUUUUUGAUCAAUACUACAUGACCAACUCAACAUAUCAGAACUACUGUGUUUAUGAAAAUGUCAUCAAGCCAACUGUCGUCGACUAUAAUCGCAUAUCACAGAUUGUACAUAUGAGCUCCAAUCUGCUAGACAUACGUCUGGUAGAACAGAUACUCAAUUGGAAUGCUCCAUUUACUGUUUCCAUAUUCCUCAACGAAGUAAAUGAUUACGGAUGUGUGCUUAACACGCUAAAUGCUCUUUUAUCUGCUUACCCAGUUUGUUUGAAAUAUCUAACUGUUCAUAUAGUUUUUCCUAAUCACUGGUCGCCCAACUGUUUUCUUCUUCCUAAUACUACAUGUAAUGAAGUAUCCAAAUCUUUACGAGUACAACAAAUGGCUGCUUAUCCGGCUAAUGUAAUGAGAAAUAUAGCUAGAAUGUAUUCCUCUUCUAAAUAUAUCCUGAUCGCGGAUUUGGAACAUAUGUUUUCAGCUAACUUCGAAGAAGAUGUUAGACAUAUAGCCGAUCGAGUGCUUUCCAAUGACCCUAAACGCCUCUUAGUCUAUCGCAUAUUCGAAGUUGAACAGAAUAUCUCAAGCUUACCUCAUGACAAGAAGGAUUUGUUCGAACUGUUCAAGAAUGGACAAGCUGUUGUCUUUCAUGAGCGUUACUAUAAAGGUGCUCACAACAUCGACAAUCUAGGUAGUUGGUUUCAAAUGAAAAAACAAGAAAGAGGCAUAUCUGUUUCUAAUUACGGUUAUUCAAUGUCGUCGUGGGAGCCACAGUUUGUGUCAUUGAGCUCCAUACCCUAUCAUGACGAAAACUUCCCAUUUCUCAUACGGGACAACACGGAGCUCCGAUGGGAAUUGUGUAGAGCAGGAUAUGCGAUAGACAUCCUCUCUGAUCACUUUGUCUAUCAUCGAGGUAUUAAGACAGCUCUAUCAGCCGGAGUAAUUCCACGUCAAAUUCAAGCAAUAAAUACAAGAAAAUUUCAAAAUGCGUUGGAGAAGUUUAAUGAACGAAUGGCCAAAAGCUAUCCACAAACAAAUGAUAAAUGUCCAACAUUUCAAGCAAAAUAA